CAUUAUUUCCUACCAUAAAAUAUAUGUGCGGCACUCGAAUCGCGCCACUGUACUUGCCUUCUAGGUGGAUCUACCGCAUGGUGUAAUGCCACCCUUGCUAUGUCGACGGUAACCAUGUGGUGGGAUUCAUCUCGGAUUGAAACAACCGUCACUCGACAAUUCGUUUGCUCCCAUCUUUUCCCCGAGGAGAUAAAGCGCCUGGACCUGCCACUGGGCUUUGGCGACGGCUUGACCGAUGGAACGUACUGGGAAUGGAUUGACGAGAAAGCCAAACGUAUCUUUCUCAUCCUUUUAGACAUUGGCGUGCCGGACCAAAUAUUCGGACUUAUUGACGACAGUUGGGAUGACGAUGAUCUGCCGAUCCCUUUAGAACAAGUCGACCGGCUGGCGCUUACCCUUACUAGAGAUGACAAGUUUGAUAAGAAGUUCUAUUCCCGCCAGUACCACUACCUACUCAAAUUCGUGGAAAAGGGAGACCACGUAGUGUACGACGACCCGGAAGUCGUGCCAAUAAAUGUGGAUAAGCGCCCCGGGCUGAGUCUCAACAACGCCGUGGAUAGGGUAGAGUUGCCAAACCGGCCUGGUCAAGUUUUUUCACGGCGUCGCAUUCCGACUGGGACCGGUCCUGGCUUGUUGACGGAAGAUGAACUCGUGUUCGAGAUCAAUAAAGCAAGGAGUAUCGAAAAUGACCAUAUCAUGUCUUACUUUGCGUCCUACAUACACCAGGGCUCGGUCUACGUUCUAUUCACCUUGCCCAAUGACUUCAGCCUCAAGUCCCUCUUAAUUGCGAUGCCUGGUCCGUUGAAGUCAUUGGCCAAACAAGACCGGCGACGCUUGCUCAUGAACUGGAUCCAUUGCCUGGUUGAUACGCUCUGCUACCUCCACAAUCGAGGUCUAUCUCACGGCAAUAUCAAACCAUCAACCAUACUUUUCAACUCCGAUAAUCACAUUUUCUAUACAGACAUAUCUCGGCUCAAUACUGAAGUAAUGGCGUAUGCUAUGGACCGAUCCACUUUCGAUAAAGAAUCAUACGACUACGCAGCCCCUGAACAGUGGUAUCGCCCAUCGUCAACCAACCACUCUAACGUACAUCGCAGGAGCACUCUUCUUGCUUCUUCCGCUUCCAUCUCAUCCUCGGAACAUUCUGCAUUUUCUAUUAAUCGCGCGGGUUCAGAUGGCGGGUAUUCGGCUUCGAUGCCGCAUGCACCGACCCCUUCUCUCAACCCUCAAGCAGCCGACAUAUUUUCGCUAGGAUGUGUGAUACUCGAGUUGCUAAGUUUACAAAUGAAACGGCAGACUCGAUCAUUUGCGUCUCAUAGGGGGGCAAAACAUAAACAAGCUGGACGAGGCGGCGCAGUGCUGGAUUCAUCGUUUCAUAAAAACCUCGGGCAGGUGGAAUCCUGGAUGGCUGGCCUGGUAAAGGAGGCGUCGAAGAAGGAUGACCAAGUUUUCCGUGGAGUGGCGCCGAUGCUACACGUGGUGGCGCGAAUGCUCUCGGCUGUCCCACACGAAAGACCGACGGCUUUGGAAGUUGAGCGAUGCACGUAUAGGAUCCUGACGGAGAAUUGCCAGAUCUUGGAGCCUCAUUGCGUUCACCAGUACGGUGGCUGGGGUUUCGGCAUCGGUAAUUUGCAUAUCAACGAAGAAGACGAGAACUUUCAUAUCGCGCCAAAGAGACACAGUGGCCCAGUUAGACCAAGCUCUUCUCGAAUAGGAGCUUAUAGACCAUUGAGCAGCAGCUCUAUCCAAGAGAGGGAGACGGCGGGUAGUAGUAGCUCGCAGGCGAUGCAAAAUAGCCAGAUGAACAAGGUGCGCACUUGGCAGGCUCACUUAUACACAGGUAACGGAUACAACCUCCCCAAUACUUUUUCAGAGUAGAGGUUCAACUGACACUCUGGGGUGCGAUGACAGAAGCGACAAGCCCUGUAUGAUUUUAAAGGAAUGAGGGAUGAAGAAUAAUGAAAUGGGCUAGCUACCGGACACAUAGGAGUUGGGGGAGCGGGAUAUUUGACGCAACAUCUAUAGAACCCAAAAGUAACUCGGCGGCACUUGUGUGUGUUUGAUUACUCUCGCUUUUUGGGGAUAUUGGAAACGGGAGAGAGGGUAGUUUUCACUCUGUAUACUGAUAUGGCUUGGCUACGUAUGUAAACACCCACCUACCACAUACAGUAUAUUGCCGUAGACAACUGGCCUUGAUCUCGGUUGAUUCUAUAGGAUGAUGGGGAGUUGGAUAUUGAUGCUGGCGUCUCAUAUGAGAUUUUUUAUGUUUAAUACCAUAUCGAUUUUUUUCCCCUGGGGUUUCUUUGGGCUAUCUUCUUCUUCGUGAAGGACUGCAAUCUUCAUUUAUAUACUCGUGUUAGAGGGUAUGUAGGUAUAUGAAGUAUCAGGUACCUUUGC